AUGUCAAGGUCAGAUGAUGUUGUCGUUAGUCAGUAUUAUAGCGCUGGUGAAUUAACACCGCAUAUAUCAAUGAAUCAUGAAUUCGAUGAUCAUAAUAUUACCGCUAUGUCUUCUUCCGACACAAGUUCGGAUUUAGAUUGGAAGGAUUUUGAAGAUGAUUAUGAUUAUGAAAAUAUAAUUUCAUCAAGAGAUGAUACAAAUCCAUCAAUAACAGAAAAGGAAUGUAAUGAAAGUAAUAUUGAUAAUGAUUCAGCAGUUCAAGCCACAAGGUGGACAAUCCCUGGUACAUCUUUACCACCACUUUUGUCGGCUCCACAUCCUUUACAAGAGAGAAACUCCAUUCCUGUAAAAUUAACGAAUUCCAUGAUUAUAUCCGCCAUAGAUCAUUCUAAUGAAAAUGAUUCGAAUUAUAUUGAUGAUUAUAUAAAAAGUUCGGAUUUAGGUGGAAUUGUCGUUACAACUGUAAAAGUGGUUGAGGUUUCUAAUUCACAGUUAAAUACGCAGCAAUUUGAUCAGGAAUCUGCGUCUAUAACUCAAGAACAAGAAAUAAUUUCGGAUUCUCCAAAAAAAAUAACGUCACCUUUGAAAUCAUCUGGAAAUUCUCAACAAAUACAAAGUGUCGAAAUUCAUCAAUCAAAUAAACGACACGCCAUUCUAAAUUCAAGUAAAAAAAAGAACAAUGGUGAUGAUGAUGAUGUUAAAAUACAGCAAAGUUUACCAAAUGCUUUGCAGCAAAGGAAGGAUUCUCCAAUAGGAAAGCUUCGAUCAGGAAUACCGAUUAAAAAAGAAAGACUGAAUCCAAUUGUUAAAGUACAAGACAAGAAUAAUAAUUCUUCGGAAAUUCCAACGUCAAAAACACAGAAAUCAAACGUCAAUAGAGCACAAGCUACGAAACGUUCUCAUUUAAAACGUUCACAGCAAGUUUUGAAAAAAGGUUCAAGAAGACGUCCUCAAAUGGAAUACGCUCCCACAUCAAAUCCUUUAUCAAGUAAUGACCCAACUGAUAUGGAAACAGACUUGCCGCCAAUAAAAAGUCAAGGUUUCCCAUGGGUACCAGGUCCAACUAAUCCUCCAAAAUUAAUUCAUGCUUCACUUAUACCUUUACCUCAACAUAAAAAGAAACGUUCGUUUUCUAAUCCAAUGCACAAAAAAAUUCCAACAAUACAAGUGGAUAAAUCUUCAAGAUCAUUUUUACAAUCAUUUAACCCUAAAAAUGCGUUUGCUGGCUUAAAGUCGGAACCUUCUAGUUCUAUGAGAAAGACACAAGUUAAAAAUAACACUCAAGAGAAAAACAAGCAACAAACCCAAACGCAAGAAACAAGGGUUUCACUUGAAGUUAAGCAAGCAAAUCGUGCCUCACAAAUAUUUAGAAGACAAUUGUUGGAACAAAGCUUAGCUGCAUCAUUUACUGAAUUGGUGGUAGCUAAUGCGGCUCAACAAAACCUGAAUCAUCAAAGGUCUUUAAUACGUAAAAAGACGAAAAAAGGCAGUAACGCGAAACUUGAAGACAGAGAAGUUGAAAGAAAAGAAUCACCAAGUUCAUCACAGCCACCGUUUAAACGUAAAACAAAUGAAAUCAUCAAACCUGCUGACUUGAAAUUUCAACAAAAAACAACAAACAAUUUAUCACCAAUUCUUUACAAUUUACCAACCAUGGCUGGAGAAAGUACGGAGUCAGUUUCUUCCGAGCAACCACCUUUUCCUACUCAUUUAUCAUCUCGAAAGAGUUCAGAAUCGAAAAGAAAUAAAUUUAAUGUAGGACCACCAUCUCUUUUUUUAGUUAAUUCCGCGACUACAACACCUUCCGAGGAAUUGGACAUAGUAAAAGAUUUUAUAAAACCGACGAUUGAUAAUGUUGAAAAAGAUUCCGAGGAUCAGGUCACGUCACCUAUAUUUACAUCACCCGUUGUAACUUCACCAGUUUCAUCAAUUCCUGCUCCUACAACGCCAAGAUCUAACAGACUUGGGAUGAGCUUUUUUGGUCUUUUCAAUAAACGUGAACAAUCGAGUCAAUCAACAUCCCUUCAUGACUCCCCAACAAUUUCCAACUUCCCAUUAUCUCCAAGAUCCCCAACAAAUUUCUCUUUAUCACCGAGUUCUCCAAGUUUUUCUUUUUUACCCCGAUCACCAAAAUCACCAAUGAAAUCUCCAACAAGCUUUUCUUUUCUACCUCGAUAUUCACGAUCACCUUCUCCCUCCCGAACAUCAUUACCAAUAACACGAACGCCCGCAUCAUCACGAGUAACAUCCCCGAACCCUUUAUCAUCACAAUCUUCAAGUUCGAAUCAACCGAAAUCUCGAUUUACGACGCCAAGUUUGCUGAAAUCGCAAUCAACGACUCCAAAUUUUCCACUGUCCCCACGCUCACCUCUUUCACCAAAAAAUUAUUCAUUGCCAGGAUCACCCAUUUUUUCAAGUAGUUCUCCAAAGCCAUUAAGUCCCGGAGGAUCUACGAGUUCUGGCUACACACGUCAACAAACAAAGUCAUCGGCCGCGACAGAAAAUUCCGAUAAACUACGAAAGAUGCAAAAAUUUGAAGAAAUUGUAGCAAAAACAGAAGCAAAUAAUAAAAGUACACGUACAGGUAAAAUACGUGCAUUAAAAACUGCUUUAACGACGACAACAACCGCACUGGCUUCUCCAACAAUAAUACCAGCUUCGCCUGAGCCUGUAACUAACUCAUUUAAAGAAGAAUACUCUGCAGCUUCUCCUUCAACGAUAGUAAAUAAUUCAAAUCCCAAAAGUAUAAAAAUAACAAAUGACAAUCAGGAAUCAGCCGAUUCCGAUAAUUGUAAUCCUGUCGAAAACGAAAAAGUUGGUCAAAGUUCAGUAGACGAGGAUGAUGUCAUAAGGGUAACUUUAACUCCUGCUGUUUGUCGAUAA